AUGUCAGUUGAAGAUCGAUAUUCUUUAGUUAAGAAACUGAAGCGUUGUACUAACUGUUUAGCAGCCUCUCAUGAUAACAAGACUUGUAAAAGUCAGUUCAGGUGUUCUUUCUGUAAACAAAAACAUCAUUUCCUCUUACACCGUUCCGAGAAUCAACCUAUACCCCAAAUAGCUAAUACUAGACCCUUUAAUGAUUACCCAACGAACAAUAAUAACAAUAAUAAUAACCACAAUCGCGAUUCACACCCCUCACAAACUGUUAGCAAUCCUCGUGAUAACCCCGAAACUUCAGCUGCUGCUGCAGCAAGAUUACGUCAAGCAUAUUCAACCCAACUACAGUCAACAACACAUAACUCUGUUAUCCUUGGCACGGCUUUAGUUGAUGUUUGUGUAGGUGAUGUGCGUUGUGCUCUUAUUGAUUCAGCCUCAGAAGCCACCUUUAUCUCUAAAAAACUCCAAGCUUCUCUGGCAAUCCCCACAAAAACUUCACAUACCACUAUAACUGGUCUUAGCGGUUCGUUAUCUGCUACUGCUACUCGAAUUUGUACUAUUACAAUAAGUUCACCUCUAGAAAAACUCUUUAAAACUUCAACCGAUGCAUUCGUUGUUAAUAAACUGACAGGAGACUUACCCUAUUACGAACUCUCUUCCAUUAUGAGUACCAAGUUUUCUGAUCUUCCCUUAGCUGAUAGCUACUCUGCUAAAACUUCGAAUGUUGAACUUUUGAUUGGUUGUGAUGUUUACCCGAAAAUCCUUAGAGAUGGUAUUCGUUGGGAUUAUAAUAGAUCACUCGUCGCUCAGCGUACCAUUUUCGGAUGGAUAAUCUCUGGAAAAUUACAAUCUCCUACCCCUAUUCUAAAUUCUGUUUCAUCAUAUAUGAACCAUAUCGACUUAAACGCACAACUUACUAAAUUCUGGAAACUUGAAGAAGUUCAUGAAAAACCAGCCCAAUCUAAUGAAGAUAUCUUUUGCGAAUAUUUAUAUAAAAAUACAACAUUUAGAGACGAAAAUGGUCGUUUCGUUGUGUCCUUGCCCUUUAAAUCUGAAUAUUCUAAUAAUAUUCCCCUAGGCAACUCUCGCAACUCUGCUUUAUCGCAAUUUCUCAGAAAUGAAAGCAGACUCAAAAAUAACCCGAAAUUAAAGUAUGAUUACGACAAAGUAAUCGAAGAAUAUUCAAAUUUAAAUCAUAUGAUGGCUCUAAAUCCCGAUUUAUCUAAACCCUCUAACUCUUCCUACUAUUUACCCCAUCACUCUGUGCUCAAACCCGAAUCUACAACCACUAAACUUCGUGUUGUAUUCAACGCCUCUAACCCCACUACGUCUGGACUAAGUCUAAAUGACGUCUUAUACCCCGGACCAGUUUUACAACAAGAUUUAACUGUCCUUAUAACCCGUUGGCGAUUGUUCAAAUACGUUUUUAAUGCCGACAUCGAGAAGAUGUACAGGCAGAUACUUGUUAAUCCACAACACACCCCAUAUCAAAGGAUUUUAUUCCGAAGUUCUUCCGAAAAGGAACCCCAAGAUUUUGAGCUACAAACCGUAACAUUUGGAGUUAACUGCGCUCCAUACCUAGCCAUGAGAACUCUUCUCGAACUUGCUGAAUCCUGUAAUAACGAUUACCCCGAAAUUUCUAUCAUACUCAAAGAGAAUAUGUAUGUCGAUGACGUACUAGCAGGAUCCCAUGACCUUUCUUUAGCCUUAAAAUCAAGAGAUAACCUAAUCAAGAUUUUGAACUCUGCUGGAUUUCCUCUCCGUAAAUGGAUCUCGAAUGAAAAAUCUCUAUUACAAGGCUUAGAACCCGAACAUUUACUUAUGUCUGAUACACUAUCUACGAACUGUCUUGUCAGAUAUUGCCAGGUUGUUUGA